UGGGGAGCGUAGACCCGCCACAGUCCAGUCGUGCCCACCCAGUCUCAUCACCGGUCUGACGGACAGACAGAGAGAGGUACAGCGGGCUAACGACAAAGGGCUGGCCGACCAUGGAGCUCCUCUGCCGGUUACAGCUAGCAAGCAGGAAGUGUGUCCUUCCGCAAUAGAUGCCACCAUGGAGCUGAGAUAACCUCUUCCUCUUCUCUUCACCAAUCUCGGCUCUGGAGUAAUAAUAACUAUGGGAACAUGGCGUGGUCUCCGAGUUGCGUUUAUCCUUGGCUCUUUGUUUAUGAUCCUGCUGAUCAUUGUGUACUGGGACGACGUCGGGGGCUUCACCCUCUACCCGCUGCAGGAGCCCAAACACGAGUCACUUCACUCUAAUUCUCACCCUCAGAUGUCAACUCAGCCCUCACACUCUACGUCUACCAGCAAAGCCCGGACCAAUUCUUCCUCCACCGCCUCCACUCCUGCUUCCAGUAAAAUCCCGGCCCCAGAGGAGACAGGAGAAUUAGCUGAGGAGCACAUAGAGGAGGAGGGGAAUGAAAAACAAGAACAGAGGAAGGAGGAAACAGCGGAUGAUGAGAAGGUGGAGAGGAGUCAUACUGCUGUGGAUGAUAGAGAACAGGAGGCGAGGAAGCAGAGGAUCUUGGAUGUGUGUUCAGGAAUGGACGGUGUGGAAUUCCCCGGGAGGACUCGGGCAUUUGAGCAGAUCCCAAACAGGGAACUGGACCACCUGAUAGUGGACGACGUUCACCAGAUUAUCUACUGCUAUGUUCCUAAGGUGGCGUGCACCAACUGGAAGAGAGUGAUGGUGGUUCUGUCUCAGUCUCUGAUCUCGCCCUCCUCAGGAAAACCUUACACCGACCCAGAGGCCGUACCUCCUGACCUCGUGCACAACUCCUCUCUACACCUCACAUUUGCUAAGUUUUGGCGCCAUUAUGGUUCUCUGUCCCGCCACCUGAUGGCACUCAAGCUCAAGCACUACACAAAGUUUCUGUUCGUACGAGACCCUUUUGUUCGCCUUAUCUCGGCUUUCAGGAACAAGUUUGGAAGGCCCAACGAGGACUUCUACAAGCAGUUUGGUUCUGUCAUGCUGCGCCGUUACAGUAAUGUGUCAGGCAGUUUGCCAGAGACAGCGGCUGAGGCGUUUGCAGCAGGAAUCAAACCGACCUUUCAGCAGUUUAUCACAUACCUGCUGGAUCCAGAGACCGAGAGGGAGAGUAUCUUCAAUGAACACUGGCGGCAGGUGUACCGCCUGUGUCAUCCAUGUCAGGUGAAGUAUGACUUCAUUGGACGAUUAGAAACUCUGGAUACAGACGCCGAGCACCUGCUGAAGCUUCUGGAGGUGGAUGAUCUGUUACGCUUCCCUUUAGGGGCUCGAAACCGCACUGCAGCCAGCUGGGAACAAGACUGGUUUGCACAGAUUCCCUUAACAAAGAGGAGAGAACUGUACAAGCUGUAUGAACCAGACUUUGAGCUGUUUGGCUAUCCCAAACCGGAGAGCACGCUCCACCAGUAGACCACAGUGAGCAGCAUGGGUACUGCACUGUGUGUAGAGCCCACACC